UCUCAUUUUAGAUUCAUGGUACUUACCGUCUCUCUUCUCAUUCGAGCCGUUCUGGUCCGUUUCAAAUCCCAUAACGUCGCGACGAUCUUUCGGCCUUCAUCACUGUCAUUCAAAUGACGUCGUAAUCAGCUAUCACUUCCCUCACAGUUCGCACUCACCCAUCAAUUAUGACGCAGCCGGCUGACAACGACAAACGUGAUCCUCAAAAUGGCACUGUCAAGUUUGAUCCGACAUUAACCUCCACUGCGCACCAACUGAGAGCUUCGGAAUGUCAGAUUAAUGGACCUGACCUCUGUCCAGAUCUGGUACAGUUGCAGCAGCAGCGUUCAAAUAUGAACUCGGCAAAACCCCCAAACACAGGACUUGCCUCCAGUGUCAGUCUCACAUCGGUCUUGCCUGCAACUUCCAAUUCAAUUCCAGUUUUAGCCAGUUCCAGCGAAGCAGCCUUGGGCGCCUCAUCCUCACGGACCGAACAGCAGAACGCACCAACCUCGGCGUUAAUGCAAGCCACAUAUACCUCGCCCAAGCGCAAACGGAAUGGAAGCAGCUCAUCGGCAGGGUUUGAAUACCGGCCGUCAUCAUUGCCAUUACGUCUACAGAUUGGUGCCAGUAUGCCUAAUUCUGCUGCGAGCGGUCACGAUUUACGCAGCUCAUCUGGACCACAUAUCAGCUCAACAGUAGACAUGAGUUCUGCAGCACAAGAAGGUUCAUCAUAUGCUGGCAGCACAACUGGUAGUGCCGGGGAGGGUAGCCCUCGUUCUGCGGUUGCAAGAAAAUUGGGAGAUUUACACUUGCGCAGUGGCGACCCUGGGCAAGAAGGAGGACACGGUGUGCGUAGAUUGAACUUUGGACUUGGGAAGGCACAGCAGGAUGAAAUAGGCACGGAUACAGAUGACAGCACACUUACCAGUGAGGGCGGCGCGCGCAAGCGGCGCGCUCAGGGGACUGGAAAGAGCAGCAUGGAGAAAGCAAACCUCGAUAUUGCUUCGCCAUUGCCCUCCCCUUCUCCUAUGGAUAUGGAUGGUUACGGUUUUGGAUUCAAGGAUAUUCCAGCAAAAGCUCGAGGAGACGGCGCAAGCGGCGGAGCGCAAACUGAAGAGAAGGUCGCAGUGGAUCCUUCAGACUCUGUCAGCAAACAGGGUGAGGCCGGAGCACCUGUACUCUCCAACAAGGAUUCUUCAGACCCAACGCAAGCAAAUACUCGAUCGCAGAGAACGGCCAAGAAAGUCCAUUUUCCACAAGGAGGAGACGAAACGCAAGCCUCGAUAACAACAACUUCUACAUCUCCCAAACAGCCUGCGCUUAACGACGCGCCACCAGUCGAUGCACACCUUAAUGAAACAAUCAAAGUGAACCCGCAAAGCGACAUCCAAACAUCAUCUUCGACACCCUUGCUUCCUUCAUCAAUACGGCCCUCACGAGCAUCCCGAACAUCCAAAUCCUCCAAAUCAUCCACAUCAACUAAUCGAACAAAAAUCGCUGCGAAACAACGAAAACGGCCAAAAUCUCCACCACCCCCAGGACUGACAAACCUCCCAGACAUGUCAGAUAUCACAGGGCAUCCAUCAAACCUUUCAACCACUCCUCUACCAUCAUUAUCAUCAUUCCCGGAACCCAACAACCCCUCAUCCCAAACCACUGCUCCAUCGACCACUUCAUUUUCCUUCCGUCCAAACGGAUCCACUGAACCGACCAUCCCUUCCAUUAAUCAUUCUACCUCGGAUAUACCCAGACCCACCAGCCCCGUCCCCCAGGAAGAAGAAGAAGUCUCCUCAACAAACAACACCGCAAUCGAAACAGUCACAGACAUCAACGACGCAGACUACGACGACGGCGUCGGUCUCAACGGCGUCGGCUUCCGCCCCACGCCCAGCAUAGCCUACGCCCGCGCGCAGAAACGCAAACAGCAAAUUGCCGACUGGCGCAACAGGGAAGCACGCGAAGCACGACAACGCCGGAGCGAGAGACGCAACAUGUAUCGCCGUGUCGCAGGCCCAAAUGGCGGUGGAGUCAGCGCUUUACGCACCGGUAAAGGCGGCGGAAGUAUCGGCGCAAGAAACAGCAGAAGAAGAAGAAGCUCAGGCGUCGGCCUCGGCACCGAGGCUGGCGCUGCUUCUAUUGUAGGGUUUCAUAAGGAGGGGAUUAGUAACGAAGUCGAAGAAGCCGGAAUGGACCAGGACGAAGCGCUAUCCGGCGAGAAGAGGGUCCGCUUUCUUCUCGACGACGCGUAACUCCCCAUGAGCUUUUUCUGCCUCGUACUUUUGCCCCCGUCACUCCCCCUUUUUCUUAAUUGCCCCCAUCUUUCCAAGUUUUCUUUUCUUCUUCUGUCUAUAUUGACUCGUUCUCUUCCCCUUUUGCUUUAAAGACUGAGCACAAAGAUACCCCAUUUUCCCUAGUUUACUGGAGUUAAACAUUUUCAGAGUGUUGAUAUAGGUCC